AUGCAGAUGUGGGCGGUUUCUCAGCUUCCGGUGUACGCGGUCGACAAGAGCUCGGGGUCGCGGCAGAAGGCGGACAAGCAGUUGAAGGAUGAGAGGACAGAAUCAGCGCCGCCGCCACCACCUGUCGUGCUACCAGUCCCGGCUUCCGCUGAUGUAACGCCUUGGGAUCAUGUCGACGUUCCCAUGGACCAGAGUCUGGAGAACUUUCUCGGACCUGCCAUCGAUGCGCCACCAUCACCGGAGAGUAUUCGCAGACAGAUGCAGCGAGCGUCGGUUCGAGACAAGCACCAAAGCCACUCCUCCGGCUCGUCUUCGUUGCGGUCUCUUACUUCGGCGGAUAGACCUUCGUGGGAGAAUGUUCUCGAGGCUAGGACGUUGUCGCGGAAAUCAUCAGGCCGGUCAACAUCGAGCAGCAUGCCGUCGAAGGAUCGCCCCGAGAGCGUGCAGUUCUUUAGCAAAUCGCUUUUCAACCGGAGAGGAAGACUAAGACGCGAAAGCAGCGCCCAGAGCUCGGCAGCAAACUCGGUGUAUUCGGGAGAGGGUGGUUCAGAAUCUUUGCUCUUGCCUCCUCCUCCGACAUCGAUGCCUAGUCGGGACUCGAGCAUUCCAUCCUUGUUCGGGCUGCGUCGUGGUUCAAGAGCGGAUACCAACGAUGCCUCCCGCAAGAUCCAGAUCUCCGGCCCCUAUAACUUCCAACACGUAACGCAUACUCAGAAGGACCACCUGCCCGACCUGCAGCGGACAAAUCGACAAGCGUUGGCCUCCGAGUUUUCCCAAGUUCGUGCCUCGCAAGCGCCUCCCACUGGUGCGCUGAAGGGAAUCAGGGCGGAUGAUUUGCAUUUCAAUGACUUCUCAUCCGACUCACUUCCUCUCGGUGACGAUGAUGGGAUGGGGGUUUUGACCGAAGAGUUGGCAAGGAGCACAUUGACCCGACCUCCAUCGGGUAUCAUGAAGCGUUCUCCACGUCGCCUCCUCAAGCGCUCGCAAUCGCAAGACCACCUAGGCAUGAUUCCACCGCCACGUCCCCCAAGGUCUCCCAUUGAGAGCAAUACACCAUAUCCCCCUCUUCCACCCCCUCGCGUUUCCAGCCGCAUGUCUUCUCGGCACGAGCGGCUCGACUCCAUGGACAGGCCAAACACCAGCUUCCGUUACCCCCAGCCGUUCUCACAGAUCGCGGAGGCUGGGAGCCCGCCACCAACCUCGUCUGGCUAUGUUCCUGGGCCAGACAUGGGCGUCAUUCCCGAGCACAUCUCUGCGCACAUCAGAAGCCCUUCUGGUGACGCCAACUGGCCGCUGCCCUCCCCGAGCGCCAAUGCAUCAGAGUUCACCUUGCCGGAUGUGCCAGAGGAGGAAGAGGGUGCGUUUGUGGCCAAGAAGUCGCGGGCUAGCGUUGCCAGCAACUCGUCGCUGCGUGGAAGCCAAUCGGUGCCGAUGCUUAGGGCGUUCUCCAUUCGGAACAACGAUGACGCUGACCGUCGAGAAAGCCAAGCGUCGGAGACGUUGGGCCGGUUCGAUCUGAUUGCCGCGCAACGUGCUCUCGAGGCUGUCUUGAACGAGGGCACCGACGGCAUCUACAGAGACAACUGGGAGGAUGAUAUCGACUAUUGCUACGAGCAUGCGGCCGAGGCAGACUGUGAUUAUGAGUGGCAGCGGCCGUCCUUCGAGCUCAGCCGAGAUAGUGCCACGCCCGUAGAUGACAAUGACCGCCGUAUCGACUCUUGCGAUGUCUCCCCCACCAUGCUUUCAGUGGCGCGGUUCAAUGUGCCCGCUUUGAGUCCCGUCAGCCCUCUGUCUCCCACUGCUCACGAGGCCGUCACACCGGUCACGGGCCCCAACCCCAGCGCUUCCAACUUUUCGCUUCCCCUGGCCGAGCCAAAGCGUCUGCUUCAUGUUAGAAAGCCAUCGGAUGCGUCAAGCUUCAAAGAGUGCCAUGGUUUCACUCUGUCUCCGUCACUCUUGAUUCCCAUGGAUUUCCAGCAGCAAAUGCUGGCUUGUGAAGCUGAGGAGGACGAGCACCACGAUGUUGCCCUGCGCGACUCGCACCGCUAUCGGACGAGUGCCUCCACGACAGGCACCUACGAGAGCGCCCACUCGGGCUUUGGGAAGCACAUCUCUGCCGCUUCCACCAUGACCGACUUCACGCAGUUGACCCCCAGCACGACCUCAUUGGACUUGGACAACUAUCCACUGAAGCCAGAGGCAUUCCCUACGCUUGAGUCAGGUGCCAUGCCGACUCUUCCCGAGUCCGAGGAGGUGACCAGGCCCACCGGUCGCCGUCGGGAGUUCAGGAGCCGCGGCAGCGAGUCGAACCUCUUGCAUCUGGCCACCGAGGAGACGUGGCCAGCGAAGACCAAGAGCUUCGUGCAAGCCAAGCGUGGACGCGCAAGGACAGCCAGUCUCAGCACCCCCCCUCCUCCUAACCAAUAUACGCUCUUCCCGUCUGUUCAAUUGACGGGGAACCGCAUCUAA